CCCAUUGAAGGCAGCAAGUUUGGAGAGCGUGUUGACUUGAAUCGAUUCAUAACGUCGAGAUGGAGCCGAACUCACUCAAGUGGGUGGGCUCGUCUUGCGGCUUACACGGACCAUACAUAUUCUAUAAAGCCUUCAGAUUCACCCGGCACUCCAAGGCGCGGAUUUUGUCGCUGGGAGACUUUGUGCUGGUGCGCUGCAAGCCGGAGGAGCCUGUUUGCAUCGCCGAGCUGCAGCUUCUCUGGGAGGAAAGGACGAGCAAGCAACUUUUAUCCAGCUCCAAACUUUAUUUCCUACCGGAGGACACUCCCCAGGGACGGGCUGGAUCCCACGGAGAGCACGAGGUCAUCGCCGUGACUGAGAAGGUGAUCGUGCGCCUCCAGGACCUGGUCAAGUGGGCGGUACCGGACUUCUCAGUAUGGGCCCACGGUCUGAAGGCGGAGCCGCUCAAGGGGUCGGUGCUGCGCGAGCUGGGCACCAACGGGCGUCGGGAGGCGCUGCACCGCUACAGAGAGAGCACGCUGACCAGCGGCCUCAACUUCAAAGAUGUCCAGAGGGAGAGGGCGCGCCUCGGCCAGGGAGAAGACGACAGGAAGGUGCUGGUUCUCAGCUACCCGCAGUAUUGCCGCUAUCGCUCGAUGGUGGCCCGGCUGAGAGAGCAGCCCACCUCGCUGCUCCUCAACCACACGGUGCUGGCGCUGGGCGGCAUCGCGGUGCUUGGCGGGAACACUCUGAUCUUGUACUGCCGGGACACCUUCGAGCAUCCCACCCUGCUGCGCAACGAGAGCAUCUGCGACGAGUUCGCUCCUAACUUAAAGGGGAGGCCUCGGAAGAAGAAGCUGUCCUUUUUGCAACGAAGGGACUCUCAGGGUCAAGGGUCAUCAGGGCCAAACCAGGGGUCGACAACAACAGCAGCGGUGGCCGCGGCGCAGGUCGCCAUCAGCCUGGACAGCAAAAGUCCAAAGGCCAAAGCAAGCUGUAAAGCGCUACCCAACGGCAAGAUUAGCUCCACCGCCAAACACAAAGCCGGCGGCCUCGGGAAGAAGACGCAUCCCGAGGAGAAGGAGCGACGGAAGGAGGCGGAGGAGAGGAGAGAGAAGGAGGAGGACGAGUCGUCGUCUUCGUCGUCGUCGUCAUCGUCGUUAUCGUCAGAGAGCCGAGAGGACGAGCAGGCCUUCCUCGUGGAACUCUACAAGUACAUGAAGGAGAGGGACACGCCCAUCGAAAGGAUCCCCUUCCUGGGCUUCAAACAGAUCAAUCUAUGGACCAUGUUUCAAGCUGCUCAGAAGCUGGGAGGAUAUGAACUGAUCACAGUUCGCAGGCAAUGGAAGCACGUGUACGACGAGUUGGGCGGCAACCCGAGCAGCACCAGCGCCGCCACCUGCACGCGGAGACACUACGAGAGGCUCCUCCUGCCGUACGAGAGGCACCUCAAAGGCGAGCAGGACAAGCCCCUCCCUCCCCUGACCAAACCCCGGAAGCAGGAGGGCGGCCAGGAGAAGACGCCGGGGGCAAAGGCCAAAGGAGUCGGCGCCAAGAAGGUCAAAGGGUCCAAUCAUCUCAAGCAGGCGGCGAGAAAGGAGCGAGCGGAGGCCACGAAGGGCCAGGAAGCGUCACAGGAUGCCGAAGUGAAAGUGGAAGCUGCCACGAAGCAAGAGGCGCCGCCUCGAGAUGAGCCCAUCGUCAUCGAGGAGGAGGAUGAGGAGCAGGAGCUUCACGUCACCCUUAAGAAAGAGGAGUCCCUGAGAGAGCAGUGUCCCAAAGAGGUGGACUGCAGGACCCCGCUCGCCGCACGGCCCCUCCAUGUAGGAAUUCAGCCUGAGUGGAGGCAGAUCAGCGAGGCCCUUCAAGCAAAGACCGAGGGUCAUCUAAUGGCGAAAAACCCCUACCUGCCACACCGUUGGGACCAGGGCAAACCCGCUGGACAUGUUGCGCUGCCUGCGUCCUCUUUGGAGAGUCACGGAGGACGAGUUGGCAAAGUGUUGCCUAUGUGCAAGCAGGCGGACAGACAGAUAGACUUGAGUACAGAGUCCUUCCUGGAGAAGGAGGACUAUGGCCUCAUCAGGAGGGAGAGUCUUUCCUACUGCAAAGCCAGCCAAGGCGUCAUGUCUCCUUUGGCUAAAAAGAAGCUCCUCUCCCAAGUGUGCGAGUCCACCUCUUUCUCCUUUGUGUCCUCGCUCCAGCCUCCCCCUUCUACCGCUGUCUCGAUGGCGGACAGAGACACGGACAAGCGGAAGGGUGAGGGGGAAGGUGCAGGCCAGAGGGGGUCCGACGGCGUCCUGGAGGUGGCGCCCGUCUUCAGGCCGUCGGUCAUCCAGCAUGCGCAGAGCAGCAAGCCUCCCCAACCAGAGAGGAGCCACCACCUGCUGCCUCACGUCAGUCCUCCAUGGCAGCCAUAUCUCCCUCGGACACGCGACCAGGAAGCUGUGGAAAAGGCUGGGGAGAAACUCUCCCAAAACCCGGCCACUCAGGCUCGCAGCUUCACGGGGGACUGCUACUCGUCCCCUCACCUGCAUAGUCUCUACAGGCAAACCGAGAGCUGCCUAGGUCAGGACAGAAUGAGCGGAUUCCCAAAUGGAGAGCGGCGGGAGCACUUCUCCAGGGAACGCGAAGGAAGUUUUGUUUGUGGCGGCCUGGAGCAAGAAGGCCUUGUCUACAGAUCUCACUACAACAACGACGCACAGACUCAAGGGGAAAGCAGAGAGGCUGAGGACGAACCAAGAGACUUCACCAUGUCCAAGCCUCUCUCCCAGCGGGUGUCGUCCUUUUCCAAAACUUCUUUCUGCGGCCUCCCCUACUCCAUCAUGCACCAAGGAUUGGACUCCCACCCUAAAGCGUGCCGAGUUCCUCCCAUGACCAUAUCGCCUCCUAAGCAUAGCCCUGCGGAACCAUUGCAACCCUUUUGUAGUCCUAAAUCCUCAUCUGACUCUUCCCUCACUAGCCCUGUUCGACCCAGUAAACGGACCCUCGGGGAGCCAGAAGGCGAGGAGGUCCCGGAGAGGAAGGUCCGCGUUGUGACCCCCAUCCACCCAGCGUGCGCCAUCCGACGCAGCGACCCAGAGGACUUGAAGCCGGCCGAGCCGGCCCACGCGGUCCACCUCAACAACCACCUCCCCGAGGGCCACCCCGCCACCGCCUAUCCCCCGCACCACGCCGUAUCCCUCUACGCUGGCAUGUACCACCCAGGCAGCCUGGUGUCACCCAGUGCCCAGGACGGGCUUCAGCAGCACCCGGGCCUGCAGUACCUGAAGAGCCAGUCGGCUGUGUCCCCCUUGGUGCCCCCCUUAGCCUAUCACUCCAUGAUGCUCCACAGGCAGCUGCUGGCCGCAGGGCCCAGCCCGCACCACUUCUUCAGGCACCCAGGAGGGGCUGCCCUCUACGGGGACCUACUACACCACCUGUACCCUCUGUCCACCCUGCCCCCGCCACAGCUGUCCUCGAUACACCCCAGCACCAGACUGUGAGAACUCAUUGUCCCGCACCUCACUUGUUGGGUGGAUGGGGCGAGUGUUGACUGAUUGUAGAACUCAUCAGUGAGGCAGACUGAAAAUUCCAUUUUUUUGCAUUUCUACAUUUGUUUAUAUCCUUUGCACUGUUCGGUAUUGUCAUCACCACUCACUGUAUCCUUUGUUGUUGUAUCUUUAUUUGCACAAUUCUGACGCAGAUGUGCUCACUAUUCAUUUUGACUCUUGCUCAGCGUCCCGUCGCCUGUGGCGGUCUGGAUAAAACGGACGGCGGCCGUUUGUUUACUGCGUCUCCUGAGGGCUAAACUGUUGUCGCUUGAAACACUACGAAGAACACAACGUGCCGGUCGUAAUGUUGUCGGCAUUUGUUGGCGUCGCGUGUUUACAUGCCUCCACUCCACUUUUCCACUGCACGGUACCGACUCGCCUCGCCUUGACUCGACUCGCCGCUCGGUUUUUAACACAAGACAGCGGCAAACUGCCAAAACCCAGGUGUAUUCAACGCACCAGUCUGAAAACAACGCAUUUGUAUGUUAACUUUGGUAUGGGGACCAAUUUUAUCCAAAAGGAGACUGAGGGCAGCCAAGUAGUGGAGACUGUGGUGCACAAUACAGCAACGUCUGUCGUUUAAACCAUGCAUCCCCAAAUGUUAAAUGUGAUCCAGCUAAUUGUAUCCAAGCAGAGACUGAGGGCAGCAAAGAGGAGACUUUGGUGUAGAAAACUGCACCAUAAGUCAUUUUCCACGGUGUAACAUCAAAUGGUACAAUGCUGAUGAGGAACGUGUUCCACAUGAUUUUAUCUGAGAGGAGACUAUGGAGCUGACUGUAGCGGAGACAGUGGAUUAUAUUACUGCAAACCAGUCAUGUUUAAUGUGCUCUAUCUAAUUUUAUCCAAGAGGAGACCUAGGGCAGUAACAACAAUUAAACUUGAGUACAAAAAUGUAACGUCAUUUUGUUAGCGGCGUAUCCUUAAAUAUUACAACACUGAUAAUGAAUGAGCCCCACUUCAUUUUAUCCAAGCAAGGACUAAGGGUAUGCAGCAAAUAAAUGGAAACUGAGGAGUACACCUUGGUACAAUGGUUAUAAUGUUAAAUCGGCUCUUCCUAGCUCCACCUAUCUUUAUCCAAAAGGAGACUUGGGGCACCGAAGAAAUACACACUGGCGUACAAUACAGCAAAAUCAGCCAUUUUAAGCCUUGUGUCCAAUUGUCUUAACAAUGAUGAUGAAUGUGCACCACCUGAUUUGAUCCAAGUGGAGACUGUGGGCAGCGGACACAAUGACGUCUCUAGAGUAGAUUACUGCACCAUCGGUUACGUUUAGCCUCGUCUUCUCAAGUGUUACAAGAAUAAUAUCGACUGUGCGCUACCUGAUUAUAUCCGAGAGGAGACUGUGGGCAGCAGAAACAAUGAAGUGGAAACUGUGGUGUAAAAUACUGCAACAUCAGUCAUUUUUAGUCUUGUAUCGAGAAGUGGUACAAUGAUGAACGUACUCCAAAUAGUUUUACCAAGAGGAGACUGAGGGCAGCAAAAAAUGUACUGUGGAGGAAAAUACCAUGUCAGUCAUUUUUAGCCUUGUAUCAAGUGUGACAACAAUGAUGACGAAUGUACGCCACCUGAUUUUAUCCAAGAGGAGAUUGCGGGCAGCGAAAACAAUGAAGUGGGGUAAAAUACUGCAACAUCAGUCAUUUGUAGCCUUGUAUCAAGUUUGACAACAAUGAUGACGAAUAUGCACCACCUGAUUUUAUCCAAGAGGAGACGGGGGUAACAGAAACAAUGACGCGAAUUUAGGGGUAAACAUCAGUUAUUUUUAACCUUGUAUUCUAAAAUGGUACAUUGUUUAACUUGCCCCAAAUAAUUGUAUCCAAGAGAAGACUGAGGGCAUCAAAAAAAAUGUGACUGUAGACUAAAAUACUACAACAUCAGUUAUUCUUAGUUUCGUGUCCUCAAGUGUUACAACUAUGACGACGAAUGCGCACCACCUGAUUUGAUGUCCUAGAGGAGACUAUGGGCAGCAGAAACAACGCAGUGAAGUCAGGGGAGUAAACAUUGGCUCUUUUUAGCCUUGUACCCUGGAGUGGUACAUUGAUUAACAUGCUCCAAAUAUGUUUUAUCCAAGAGGAGACUGAGGGCAGUAAAAUAUUACAACAUCAGUCGUGUGUCCUCAAAUGUUACAACUAUGACGACGAAUGUGCGCCGCCUGAUUUUAUCCAAGAGGAGACUCGGGGCAGCAGAAACAAUUAAGUGGGGUAAAAUACUGCAGUCAUUUCACUGUACUAAUAGAAGUACAAGGAUGUUAGGUAAACACUGCAGUUAUUUCAGUUAUUAAGGUACAAUGAAGUUGGGUAAAAUACUGCAGUUAUUUCACUGUUCUACUAGAAGUACAACAAAGUUGGGUAAAGUACUGCAGUUAUUUCACUGUUCUACUAGAAGUACAACAAAGUUGGGUAAAGUACUGCAGUUAUUUCACUGUACUACUAGAAGAACAACAAAGUUGGCUAAAGUAUUGCAGUUAUUUCACUGUACUACUAGAAGCACAACAAUGUUGGGUAAAGUACUGCAGUUAUUUCACUGUACUACUAGAAGUACAACAAAGUUGGGUAAAAUACUGCAGGUAUUUCACUGUACUACUAGAAGUACAAUGAUGUUAGGUAAACACUGCAGUUAUUUCAGUUAUUAAGGUACAAUGAAGUUGGGUAAAAUACUGCAGUUAUUUCACUGUUCUACUAGAAGUACAACAAAGUUGGGUAAAGUACUGCAGUUAUUUCACUGUACUACUAGAAGUACAACAAUGUUGGGUAAAAUACUGCAGUUACUUUCCCUGUACUACCAGAAGUACAACAAAG